UGUUGUUGUUUACCUCUUUCAACGCACGUGCGUCUCGUAAUUUGUGUGAUUUUCUAGUUAAUUUGGAGGAUCUAAGAACUCCACGAUGCCGCCCGUUGCCCAGGAGGGCAAUUGCCUGAUCUACCGCGGCAGCAACUUUCUCAAGCAGCGCCUAAUCCUGGCCUGCCUGUCCGGCAAGCCGGUGAAGAUCAACCAAAUCCGCUCGGAGGACGAGGCGGCACCGGGUCUGCGGGAAUACGAGAUCAGUUUGAUCCGUCUGCUGGACAAGAUCACCAACGGCACCAAGAUCGAACUGAAUCCCGCCGGCACGAGUGUCAUGUUCUCGCCGGGAUUGCUGCACGGCGGUCAGAUCCAUCACGAUUGCUGUGUGCAGCGUGGCAUUGGUUAUUACUUGGACGCCCUGAUUGCUUUGGGUCCCUUCUGCAAGAAUCCGCUGCACUGCAGCCUGCGCGGCGUGACCAACAGCAGGGAUUCGCCAUCGGUGGACCACAUCAAGGGUGCAGCCCUCUCGCUGCUCAAGCGCUUCCUUCUGGUCGACGAGGGCCUGGAACUGAAGGUCAUACGGCGUGGAGUGGCUCCUUUGGGCGGCGGCGAGAUCACCUUUCGCUGCCCGGUGCGCAAGAGCCUGCGCGCCCUGCAGUUCCAGGCGCAGGGCAUGGUCAAGCGCAUCCGGGGCACCGUCUACGCCUGCAAGGUCUCGCCCGCCCUGGCCAAUCGCACCGUGGAGGCGGCCAAGGGCUGCAUGCUCAAGUUCCUGCCCGAUGUCUAUAUCUACACCGAUCAGAACAAGGGCAAGAUGUCUGGGAAUUCACCUGGCUUCGGCAUCUGCCUGAUUGCGGAGACCACGGACGGCGUUUGCUACGCCGCCGACUGCAAUUCCAACACAAGGGAGGAGUCGGACACCCCCUCCAUACCCGAGGAUCUGGGCCAGGAGGUGGCCAUGCGUCUGCUCGACGAGAUCUACCGCGGUGGCUGCGUGGAUUCCACCUACCAAUGGCUGGCGGCACUUUAUAUAGCAUUGGGACAGAAGCACGUCUCCAAAUUCCUGACCGGCGCUCUGUCCACCUACACUGUUCACUUCCUGCAACAUCUGCGCGACUUCUUCUCGAUCACCUUCAAGCUGGAGAAUCCCGAGGCGGAGGAUGAGGACGAGGAUGUGCGGGGUGCCCAGAAGGUCCUGAUGGCCUGUGUCGGGAUUGGCUACACGAACAUCAAUAAGCGCGUUACCUAAACUGUUCUCUUGGCUAAAAAUUGUAGGAAUAAAUGUAUUUUUUUUAUCACUUA